AGGUGAAGACAUCUGAACCCCACAGAACUCUGUAAGACGAUCUCGGCAAGUUCGGGUUGGCUGAGCUGAGCGGAAGGAUAGUGCAUUGUUUCCUGUGAGAAUGAGUGUGCGUUUGCGUUUUGGUUGAUGUGUCUCAGAUAUGAGAUCACAGUCUAAGAAGAAACAGAAAAGAAAAAGAGAAAUGAAGAACUCUGCUGUCUGGUGCUCGAGGGCAGAGGAGAAAAGAGUUGCUCGAAGGUUUGCUGUGGAGCAGAGGAGCGCCGGUCAUCUCUAAGGCUCCUUUCCUGAUCCGCACAGCGGCAUCGCUAGGUUAACAGACACAGAGCUCGAGCGGGACGAGGCUUCACCAUGGCCACUGAGAAGCUGGUCUACGUUAUAACAGGAGGAUGUGGGUUUCUUGGUCAGCACCUCCUGAACGUUCUGCUGGAGAAGGAGGAGAACAUCAAGGAGAUCAGACUUUUUGACAAGCUUGCAGAUCCCAGCCUGCAGACCCUCAGCACAGAGCGGGUCAAGGUGGUGGUCAUUCAGGGAGAUAUAACUGAUUACCAGAACGUUAUGGAAGCCUGCAAGGGAGCUGACCUCAUCAUCCAUGCGGCCAGUCUAGUGGACGUUUGGCACAGAAUACCAGAGAAGACCAUCUACGCCGUUAAUGUGGGAGGUACAAAGAACGUUAUAAAUGCCUGUGUGGAGCUCGGUAUUCAGUACCUGAUCUACACCAGCAGUAUGGAGGUGGUGGGUCCCAACGUGAAGGGCGACACUUUUAUCAGGGGUGAUGAGGACACGCCAUAUAAGGUGUACCAUGACAUGCCCUACCCCAAAAGCAAAGCUGAAGCAGAGACACUGGUGCUGGAGGCCAAUGGCAAAAAGGUAAAUGGAGGGGAAAGUCUGUACACAUGUGCCCUCCGACCCACAGGGAUCUACGGGGAGAACCACCAACUGAUGAAGGAUUUCUACCAGAUGGGGGUCCGCACAGGGGGCUGGCUGAUUAGAGGAGUGCCCCGUGACACAGAACACGGACGUGUCUAUGCAGGCAACGUCGCCUGGAUGCAUGUGUUAGCGGCGCGUGCUAUCAAGGAGCAUCCCGAGACGAUUGGAGGCGAAGUGUACUUCUGCUACGACGACUCGCCCUACAAGAGCUAUGAAGACUUCAACAUGCAGUUCCUGUCGGCCUUCAACUUCCGCUCAUUGCGUGUGCCUCUGUGGCUGCUGUGGUUCCAGGCAUGCAUGAACGACAUGCUGCACUGGGUCCUGCGGCCCAUCUACAACUUCACACCGCUGCUGAACCGCUACACGCUGGCCGUAGCCUGCACCUCCUUCACCGUGAGCUCAGACAAGGCCCUGCGCCACUUCCAGUACCGGCCCCUCUACGACUGGGAGCAGUGCCGUGCCCGCACACAGAAAUGGGUGGACACUUUUCCACUGGAAACCAGCAGCAAAGACGUGUAAAAAUAAAGAGCAGGGCUUCAUCAGGGGUCGACCCAGUGACUGCUAA